GAAAAGCGGUUGCGAAGGUGCCGGCGUCACCUGUAAACAAGGUUUGAAUCGGAGAAGCAGCUAGUGCUUAAUGAUAACACUAGUACAAAGAUAUUUAAAAACAAAACAAACAAACAAAAAAAAAAUCUGUAUAAAUUUAGAGAGCCAGGGAUGGACGAGUAAGUAGCUAGUUAGCUGAUGUUAAACAGGUUAUUUAUUAGGGGUUUUAAGCUAGUAACCCACAAAUGAGUCAACCGAGGAAUGGUAAGAAGAGCGAAGCAAGGCAGAGAGGUCGAAUAAAAGAUGGAGGACAGAUGUUAAGCACAAGAACAUGGAGAAAGCGGAGAGAUAUGUGGGUUUUAGCCGAGAGGAACCCGGCGGUGGUGCCGGUCGGCGCAUGGGUCGAGACUGGAGAGGAAGAACAGGAGCAUCCAGCGGUACGAGCGUUGCACACAGAGGAGCUGCUUGAAGAAACCCGCAGGGUGAAGGAGGAGAACCUGCGCCAGUUUCAGGACACGGUGCGCAGACGGGUAUCCGAGCAGGCCCGAAUACGUAAACAACAGCAGCUACAGAUGUUUUACAAAACAGCUGAAAGGGAUUGUCGAGUAUUCCAGCAGAGCAGUGACUCCGCCCAGCGCCUCACACCUCAGAAGAAUCUAUUUCCAUCCUGCCCACAAGGGGAGAUCGCUAUCUGCAGCCCGAGUGCACGCUGGGUCACGGCUCAAGAGCUCAAGGUGGCCAGCAGUGAUGAUGCUAACCAGUACAGACAUCAGCUUAGCAAGAUCAUGAAGCAGGUGAGACACAGACUGGCUGCGUGCCAAACCGUCCGAGAGGGCGAAGACCUAUCAGAGCUUCCAGGAGGAAUAUGGGAAGUGUCUCCAACUAGAGAUAAGACUGUCGGGAGAAUAAUGGAGGAUGGCAGCGAAGAGGAGGAGGAGGAGGAGGAGGAAAAUGAAGAUGGGCUUGGGGAGGAAGAAGAGGUUUCGUUGGCGGGGCAGCACGAUCGGCCGCUCUGUUCACAGAAUAGCAAGAUGGUGACUUUCCAGAAUGAUGUGGUGCAUGGAAGUGUGUCGAGAGAACCGCAUCCCACAAGCCCGGACUACAGAUCCACUCAGGUGCUGUGGACGAGAGAGGACCAAGAGGAGCAGAAGAGACAGAGACGCUCUCAGUUCCUGAUGUAUCGGCGUCUUUUCAUGGACAUCGAGCGGGAGCAGGUGAAGGAGCACCAGAGACACAAGAACCAUCUGAGGAGAAUCGCCAGAAUUAAGGCAGAGAAGGAGCAGCAGAGGGAGGAGGAGGAGAGGAGGAUGGAGCGUGCUCGACAGCAGGAGGAGAGCAGGAGGGAGCUGGCCGAGAGGGAGCGCGUCAUUCUGGAGCGGCUCAGGCUGGAGGAAGAGGAGCAGGAGGAGGAGAAGAGAAGAGCGCGAGCAAAGAAAUCCAAAGAGACCACAAGGUACGUCGAGGCCUUGCGAGCCCAGAUAAAGGAGAAGCUGGAGCAGGAGAAAGUCGAGCUUCCUCCACUCUGCUGCUGUGGCGAGGGUUUUUGGGAUUCGCACCCUGACACUUGCGCCAACAACUGUGUCUUCUACAACAAUCCUAAAGCUUAUGCUCAGGCUCUGCACUCAGUCCUAUUGAGCUGCGAGCUGAACGAAGGCGGUGCUGGACUCGGGGGCUUCACGCGGAAAAUCAUGCGCACACUGACACACCACAGCUAACCUUUCUUUUAUUUCUUUUAAUGUGAGGAUGACACAGUUUGCCAUUUCCUAAUACCUCAACAUGGAAUAUUGAAGAAAUAGAGUUUGAUGUUGAUUUUUAUAUUUGUAGCCAUUUUUAUAGUGAAUUUUCUUGUCAUUAUCUUCAAGAAUUAUCUCGUAUGAAGGUUUGUAAGGAAUCAAAUAAAAGUGUGAAAAGUUGCUUCA